CUUCACAGCACUACAACAAUAGUCAUGUUCAAGACAACAUUGUUCUCCGUUCUUUUGCUGGCUUUGGCCAUGCAAUCUGUAAAUGGUAAGCCAGCAUGCGGUUGUGAGAACUCACGGAAACCUCCGCCUUCGACUCUGCCGCCGUGUCAGCCGGCCACGCUCGAGCCUUGUGCCCAGCAGGAGGUCAGGACCAGCAGCGCAUGCGUCAUCACAACUGCUCCCAGAGUACCCUGCAUCGAGCAUGCGACACCCUCGACAACGACAACAACUACCACGAAACAGCCCCCGACCACAACCACCACCACUACGACAGUAGCGCCUAUUACCUCGACGGCCGCUCCCAGGACUGACUGCUCGAACGGUGACAUUUACCCCUAUAGUGUGGGCGGCUGCAACCAGUUCCUGAUGUGCCGCAACAGAGUGUACAUCCUGAUGGUCUGCCCGUCGGGACUCGGCUUCAACUUCCAGAGCAAGAGCUGCGAGCGCUCCGACAUCGUGCCCGCUUGCAGUGCACGCAGCUAAUUCAUAGGAAUCCUUUUAUGAUUAAGAAUGUCC